AUGAAGUCUCUGUUUCCAUCUCUUCUACUCCAAGUAGUUUUUGCCCUUGUCGCUUCCAUUCCAUCCGUGGCUUCCUUUGCCGUUGUUCCGGCUCGGCAGCGACGCAUCUCAAGAUGUUCCCGUGGUUCAUCCAACGUCGUAUUGCAGGCAUCCACCGUCGGUGCCUCCAACUCGACAGCAGCUACUGCCACAGAGGAAGAAGAAGAUCCCUACCAAGUGUUACGGACGGGUGGAGAUCCCACCAUCGAUGCGCCGCUCCCAUCCGCAUUUACCGAGUGUCCCUUUACCGGAAUAUUAGCCGGCCCCGAAUCCUUUUAUCGUCAAGUGGCAUCAAAACUACAGUCCCCCGAUAUCUUUUCCUUUUUGCAAAAAGAUCAACCCAUGGCCGAAAUCAGUGGCGGCACGACCGUCAAACAAGUGUUGGACCAAGAAUUCACGGCACUCUCCAGUAAUGCCGUACCGGGCGUCAGUCAAAUUGUCUGUGGAACCGAAUCGCUCCGGACGGCACGCAAUGUCAAGGAACACAAAAUUAUACGCCGUUUGGUCAGUCAUCCACUGGGAGCAUCCAGUGUGGCGGCGUCGGUUCCAACACUUCAAGACAUUGGGCAGACAUGUUUGGAAGAAACAAUCGCAACCAGCAGUACAAGUAUUAGCACCUUGGAAAUGACGCAAAAAAUGACACUGGAAGUGGCAUGGCAACAAUUGUUGGGAUUCGACUUUGAUACUGACGCAGAAUUGGAACGGUUUCGACGAAAAGCCGCCACUUGGUUGGACGGGAUUUAUCACAAGGUCGGAACGCCAGAAAUGGAUGCCACCCUGCAAGCCAAAGAAUAUCUGGUCGGCCUCGUGGAUAAAAAGAUCAAUCAACUGGUGGAAGCUGGUGAAAGUGAUGGAUCCACCCUGGGUGGACUAGUAUUUGCCAAGGAAACGGAUACGGGCAAAACACUGACACGACAACAAGUCAUUGACAAUGCACUCUUCCUCAUGUUGGCUGGAACAGAAACAACCUCCAGUUCCUUGUGCAAUAUCAUGCUGCUCAUGGGAUUGCAUCCGAAUGUCUGGCAAAAGGUGGUAGAGGAACAGGCUCGGGCCGUAGAAACGCAUGGAGAAACACUGACACCCGCACUCGUCAUGGACGACCAAGGAUUCCCCUAUCUGGAUGCCGUCAUUCAUGAAGUCAUGCGAGUGCUACCGGUAACCUUGAUUUCCAAACGCGUCACUACCAGUACCAUGGUGGUGGAUGGAGUGCAAAUACCGCCUGGUUGGGGAGUCGCCUACAGCAUUUACCUCACCCAUCAAAAGGCACUCGAGGAGGGGAGUAUGGAUCUGCAAACAGGAUUCAAACCCGAGCGAUGGCUGGAUCCGGCAACGCGACCGCAAAAACCAGACUACAUGCCCUUUGGAGCCGGUCCACGGCAUUGCCCAGGAGCACUCUUGGGCAUGACAGAACAACGAGGGUUCUUGUCUCUUAUGGCACGAGCCAUUCCCAAGUUUGAGCUCGAAAUGGAACUGGACUCAACCCUACAAUCGCCCAUUGACGAACAGAUUGAAUGGAACAAGCUGAGUGCCGUAUCAACACCAAUGGAUGGGACUCGGAUUCGAAUACUGCAGUAG